AUGAAGAGCAGCAAACCAGUACAUCUGCGCGAAGUCUGGGCAGACAACCUCGUAUAUGAGUUUUUUCUAAUCAAGGAAGAGAUCUUUCGCUUCCCCUUGGUUGCUUUGGACACAGAAUUCCCUGGUACUAUCUUUCAAUUAAAUCGUGACAAGAGUUCGCUGUCUCAUGCCACUCCCUAUGAAAACUACUGUCUCAUGAAGUGGAAUUUUAAUUUCCGGGAUUUCAAUAUCAAGCACGAUCAUCACAAUGAAGAGUCUAUUGGGUUGCUUGAACGACAAGGUAUUGAUUUGAAGAAGAACAGAGAGAAGGGUAUUGAUUCCUCAGAUUUUGGAAGGCUGUUUUUGAGUUCUGGACUUAUUUCCAAUAAUUCUUCAAUAACUUGGAUUACUUUUCAUGGUGCUUAUGAUUUUGGAUUCUUGAUCAAGAUUUUAACUAAACGAGAGUUGCCCAGUGAUAUGCGGUCUUUUUUGGGGAUGAUAAUGUUUUUCUUUGGGGUUCAAGUUUAUGAUACAAAAUUCAUGAUGGGAUGCAUUAGUGGCUUGCACGGUGGAUUGGAGAGGGUGGCUAUGUUACUCGGUGUUGAACGAAUAACGGGAAGAAGGCACCAGGCAGGAUCUGAUAGCUUGUUAACUCUUCAAACAUUCGUGAGAUUUAAGGAGUCGUGUGCUAAAAUUGAUCUCGAGAAAUUGAAUGGCUAUGAGGGAAUGAUGUUUGGACUGUGUGAAGGCUGGUUAGGGUUCACUUACGCACCUGAUACAUUCAUGGGCAGUACUCUAGUUUGA